AUGGAGAAAUUGCCGGUUGAGCUUAAGGCUCAAAUCAGUGAGAGUCUACUUUUCGACGCGAUAUCAAUAUCGGAGAAAUUGAGGAAUGUUAGCAAUAGUGGACCAUGGAAAACCCUCAAAUUCCGACUAGGUCAAAGCCUUGAUCCUGCCUGGAAUCUCCUACGCACAAGUCGUCAAUGGCGCGAAAUCACAGAAGCCGUUGUGGCGCGAAGAUUGGACCAGAUUCUGAGCCGCCUUAUCAAGCCUUCUCCAUGGGCCUAUAUCGAAGCGCAGAAAUCUGGAACUGCCGCCGUCCAAGCGCUUGAAGCAGAAGUCUUUUUCGGGAGCAAAAAUGACUCGCGUUACCCUAAUCUCUUCACUGGAGAUCACGCUCUGGACUUGAAAUCCAACCAAGACCGCCUGAUGUUCCCAUAUCUGGAGUCAAUUUGCCGACUGCCGAAGAGAUUACGCUCGUUGGCUGUCUGUAAAAGCUUACCAAAAAAACCGUAUGCAUAUAUCUUUCCUUCGCCUGGACCCUUUCUAAGGAUGCCUCAAGGAACACAUGGUAUGGGCUUCAAUUGGGCAUGGUACGAAGGGGAUGAAUCCUGCCGGCCUGGCCCACAACUAAGUGAUACGGACCCCUAUCAUGGAUUGAAAGGUUCCAACGACAAGGGUUUCAACUUCACUGGUCCCGCCAGGGAUGCCCUUUUACGAGGACGAUAUCAAGGUCUACUGUCUUUACUGAAGUCUUUUGACCCGCAGGCGGUAAUCGUUCAACAGAAUAAAGAUACUAAGGAGUGGAACGUUGCUGCCGAGACUCCAGCAAGACGACGGAUGAGAAAAAGAAGUCUACGUAAAGCAGCGGAAAAAUUAGCGGAGAAGCGGGAGUUGGAAAAACAGCUUGCGGCGGAGAUCAAGAAGGCCGAAAAGAAAGCAGCAGAAAAGGUAAGGGCGAAGUGGGCAGCCAAGAAAAAGCCAAUGAAUAAGAAGCCAACGAAGAAGGGGCCAAAGGUAAUCAGCUAUAGAGUGGAAAAGUCGGGCCACAAGAAGAAGAGGUGA